AUUUCAUGAGGGGCAAAGAGCUAAUUAGCUGAAGUUGGAGCAAAUUAAACAUACAAAACCCAAGAACAAACAUUUUUAAAAAAUUAAUAAUAUCGGUGGAACGAUUUCUAAAUCGUGUUCAUAAUUUUAAGAAGGCAAUGUUCCUGCUAUUUCACAUUUGCAUAAAAUGGCGUUAUAUGAAUAAAUAAGUUUUUUUUUUAAUAUGAAUAAAAAAGUUGAGCUGUUGAACAUUAAUAAAUAAUUGAAAAAAAAUAUUAAUAUUAUUUAUGAUCUUCCGAUUUCCAAAUUAGGAAAAUCAAUUUAGCCAAAAUAUAUGCUCUAAAAACUUAAAGAAAAUAGAUAAAUAAAUAAAUAAGCAAAGUCAUCACUGCAUUGCCAAUUUUUAACGAGAUCGCAUUUGUCGCCACACUAAUCUGCUCCAUUAAACUAUGAAUUAAGGGAAACAAUUAAACGAACAUUGAUUUCACUCCACAUUUUUUUUCCUGCAAUUACUUGUUUCACUGCUGAAUUCGUCGCAAAAUCAUCAAUUACUCAAUGGAUGAAGCUGUGGAUCAAAAGAGGGCUCUUGAGGAAUCCUGCAAAUCCAAAUGCACAAAGCCUUAUGUCGUAUACAAGCAAUGUGUUAAGAGAGUUGAUGGUGAUGAUUCUGGACAGAAGCACUGCACGGGGCAAUACUUCGACUACUGGUCAUGCGUCGACAAAUGUGUUGCACCGAAGCUCUUUCAGGAGCUGAAGUGAGUGCAUGGUUUUCCCGGUGGUGCUCUAGCGUCGCCCGUUUAUCUCCAUUGAUUGUCUUCUUUGUGUACGUAAACUAUCUCUGCUGCUGCAGGCUAACUCUUACAAUCUGAAUGCUAGUUAACUGUUGUUAACAAAACUUAGGCAUUCCAGAAUAAGUUUGGGUGCAUUUGUUGAGUACAUUAAGUUAUUGCAUUUUAGAGUUAGUGAAAUAACGAUUUGAUCAA